AUGUUAGAUUUUGUGGGUGGUGAGUUGGCACAGCGCACGGCUGAUAAUAAUGGAAAGGCGGACUCUGAAGAUUGGGUUGUCGCUUGGCACACUCGGAGUAACGGCUGGAGUCACGGGAAUCGUCGUUGUGUCGAGGAACUCUUUUCUGCGAGGCGAUUGAAUUAUCAGCUCCCAGUUGUCGAUUAUCUCUUCGGUGAUCUUGUCAAUACAGCUGUUUGUAUGGGAUAUUUUCCAAAGUUGUUCCUUGGAAUGAAUCGCUUCUUUGCGAUUGCUUUUGAUGGAGUCUAUCAUCAUAAAUACGAGAGAACGGCGAUGGUCAGCAAUUUUAUUGCCGGCGCUAGUUCGGCGACAGGUGUGGCAAUUGGACAGAAUUAUGUCACUUCUCCGAUGGGCUCAUUUCUUUUGUGGACAGCCCUGUGGCAAGGAUGUUGUACAGUGCAAUGCACCACUUACGUGUUCUUGUUGAGUGAAAGACGGACAAAGCCUCGUGCCACUUUGCCUGUUCAAAAAGCCACCGUACAAACCAGUCAAGUUGAC